CCAUCCGGGUUCUUCGAGAUGCUGUUUGGCGACUCGUCGCCAUUCCCGGAGCACCUCGGCCUCGGCCCAGAGGCGAGUGUCGGUCGCUGUGUCGGAGACACCGGUCCCCGACACCAAGACAGCCAGCCCUCUCCCCUGCCCCGCGGCGGGAGAGCGUGUCCGGCCGGCCGGCGGGGCUCGCACACCUUCCCUCGACUCCCCUUCCCCCGUAGCCUCCGCCCCGCCAGGCCCGGCCCGGACCUCCGAGCCCCGGCCUCCUCCUUCUCUGUCACUGCCGCCGCUGCCGCCGGGCUCGACAGCCCCGCCCGCUGCUUCUCUUUCCAGUUUGAGAAGCCGAGGAAGGAAACAGGGAAAAAUGUCGCCAUGAAGGCCGAGAACCGCUGCCGCCGCCGACCCCCGCCGGCCCCGAACGCCAUGAGCCUGGGUCCCCGCCGCGCCCGCUCCGCUCCGACCGCCGCCGCCGCCGAGGCCCCCGUUGAUGCCGCAGAGCUCCCCCAACGCCGCCGCCACCGCUUCCGACAUGGACAAGAACAGCGGCUCCAGCAGCUCCUCCGCCUCUUCGGGCAGCAGCAAAGGGCAACAGCCGCCCCGCUCCGCCUCGGCGGGGCCGGCCGGCGAGUCUAAACCCAAGAGUGAUGGAAAGAACUCAAGUGGAUCCAAGCGUUUUAAUCGCAAACGUGAACCUUCCUAUCCCAAAAAUGAAAAUUUUAGCAACCAGUCCCGUCGCUCCAAUUCACAGAAAAGCAAAACUUUUAACAAGAUGCCUCCACAGAGGGGCGGCGGCAGCAGCAAAGUCUUUAGCUCUUCUUUUAAUGGUGGAAGACGCGAUGAGGUAGCAGAGGCUCAACGGGCAGAGUUUAGCCCUGCCCAGUUCUCUGGUCCGAAGAAGAUCAAUCUGAACCACUUGUUGAAUUUCACUUUUGAACCCCGUGGCCAGGCGGGUCACUUUGAAGGCAGUGGACAUGGCAGCUGGGGAAAGAGGAACAAAUGGGGGCAUAAGCCUUUUAACAAGGAACUCUUUUUACAGGCCAACUGCCAAUUUGUGGUGUCUGAAGACCAAGACUACACAGUUCAUUUUGCUGAUCCUGAUACCUUAGUCAACUGGGACUUUGUGGAACAAGUGCGCAUUUGUAGCCAUGAAGUGCCAUCUUGCCCGAUAUGCCUAUAUCCACCUACUGCAGCCAAGAUAACCCGUUGUGGACACAUCUUCUGCUGGGCAUGCAUUCUGCACUACCUUUCACUGAGUGAGAAGACCUGGAGUAAAUGUCCCAUCUGUUACAGUUCUGUGCAUAAGAAGGAUCUCAAGAGUGUUGUUGCCACCGAGUCACGUCAGUAUGUUGUUGGUGACACUAUUACAAUGCAGCUGAUGAAGAGGGAGAAAGGGGUGUUGUUGGCCUUGCCCAAAUCCAAAUGGAUGAAUGUAGACCAUCCUAUUCAUCUAGGAGAUGAACAGCACAGCCAGUACUCCAAGUUGCUGCUGGCCUCUAAGGAGCAGGUGCUGCACCGGGUAGUUCAGGAAGAGAAAAUAGCUUUGGAGCAGCAGCUGGCAGAGGAGAAGCACACUCCCGAGUCCUGCUUUAUUGAGGCAGCUAUCCAGGAGCUCAAGACUCGGGAAGAGGCUCUGUCAGGAUUGGCUGAAAGCAGAGGGGAGGUCCUUAGUGUUGUGCCUGCUCUGGAACAACUGGUGCUGAUGGCUCCCUUGGCGAAGGAGUCCGUUUUUCAACCCAGGAAGGGUGUGUUAGACUAUCUGUCUGCUUUUGAUGAAGAGACCACCGAAGUUUGUUCUCUGGGUUCUCCUCGUCCUCUUGCUCUCCCUCUGGUAGAGGAAGAGGAAGCAGUGUCUGAACCAGAGCCUGAAGCCUGUGAUGACUCAGAGUUAGCAGAUGACAGUCUUGGAGAGGGGACCAUUUGUACUGAGUCCAGCCAGCAGGAACCCAUCACCAAGCCAGGCUUCACACACCUGAGUGGCUCUCCUUGUUACUACUUUUACCAAGCGGAGGACGGGCAGCACAUGUUCCUGCACCCUGUGAAUGUGCGCUGCCUUGUGAGGGAGUACGGCAGCCUGGAGCAGAGCCCGGAGAAGAUCUCGGCAGUAGUGGUGGAGAUCGCCGGCUACUCCAUGUCUGAGGAUGUUCGGCAGCGUCAUAGAUACCUCUCUCACCUGCCGCUCACCUGUGAGUUCAGCAUCUGUGAACUGGCUCUGCAGCCUCCUGUGGUCUCUAAAGAAACUCUGGAGAUAUUCUCAGAUGACAUUGAGAAGAGGAAGCGUCAGCGCCAGAAGAAGGCUCGGGAGGAACGCCGCCGGGAGCGCAGGAUUGAGAUGGAGGAGAACAAGAAACAGGGCAAGUAUCCAGAAGUCCACAUUCCCCUAGAGAAUCUACAGCAGUUUCCUGCCUUCAAUUCCUAUACCUGCACCUCUGAUUCUGCUUUGGGUCCCACCAGCACCGAGGGCCAUGGUGCCCUCUCCCUGUCUCCUCUUAGCAGAAGUCCAGGUUCCCAAGCAGACUUUCUGCUGACCCCUCUGUCACCGACUGCCAGUCAGGGCAGUCCUUCAUUCUGCGUUGGGAGUCUGGAAGAAGACUCUCCCUUCCCUUCCUUCGCCCAGAUGCUGAGAGUUGGAAAAGCAAAAGCAGAUGUGUGGCCCAAAACUGCUCCAAAGAAAGAUGAAAACAGCUUAGUUCCUCCUGCUCCUGUGGACAGCGAUGGGGAGAGUGAUAACUCAGACCGUGUUCCUGUGCCCAGUUUCCAAAAUUCCUUCAGCCAAGCUAUUGAAGCAGCCUUCAUGAAACUGGACACACCAGCUACUUCAGAUCCCCUCUCUGGUAAAGGCAAAGAAACGGAGUGCUCAGUACAGAGUUGUCAUUCCCACCUGGAUCCAGUGAAGAGAAAGGAGGAAAGAAAAGAAAAAAACAGAAACAAAAGCUCCUGUUCAGCACCUCGGUCGUCCACACCAAGUGACACUACUGGCCCUGGCUACCUUCUCCACCUGGUUUUCUUUUUCCUGUGCUUUUGUUUUGCUGCUGUAAUUUUUAAGUAUUUGAGUUUGAACAGAUUAGCUCUGGGGGGAGGGGGUUUCCACAGCGUGAGGGGGAACCAAGAAAAUUUUAAAUACAGUGUAUUUUCCAGCUUCCCAUCUUUACACCAAAAUAAAGUAUUGACACACAAGAGAUCUCUCUUCCUGCCAAGAUUUUUAGUUUGUUACCAGGUUAGUCUUUUUGCCCCGUGUAAUUAGUUUUUCUCAACCCAAAUAAGUUUGAGUUCCUUCAACAUCCCGCAGAGCAGCCCAAACCAGAGUGUUCUAGCACUGUUCUGACAUGUCAGGGCAUCAUGGCUUCAACACACCUAUCAGUGUGUCUUUUAAAAACAGUUGAAUCUUUCCUGUUUAGUUCUCCUCUUGUUAAAGAAACAGAAGGAUGGGAAUAAAACAGACUUAGGAUACCCAGCCUGAAUUGCAGUUUUUCUUCUGAGAAAUGGUCAGCUGUGGUGCCAGACCUGGGUUGCUUACAUAUGUGAUGGAGGGUUUUACACCUCUUGAAUGUGGCUUCUGUUUGGCAAGGAAAGGUGUAAUUGUCACUAAAGAAGGCCUGGAACCUGCCAACUUUUAGGUCAAGCCUGUUAAAAGUGACAGUGGCCUCAGUUGUAGGAGCGGCAGAGUAGGGCACGUUUGAAAGCGGUGGGGGUACCCACUGCCUCCUUUUGUCUGAAGCGGUCUAUGCCUUGGUUUCAGCUGAAUUUGAGUGAUGUGAAUUAUUUUGCUGCUUAAUAAAGUGACCUCUAGGUAUAGUAGAAUGUGAAGGCAAAUAGUUGCAAUAAAUCACUUGCACAAGCAA